AAAGGUACACAUAAAACACAGUAAAACGUUCAUUGUAUCGAACGGUUGUAUGUUUUGUGAUAAAUAUAGUACUUUCGGAUUUUAAAACAAGUUGUUGAAAUACAACAAAAGUGCUGAAAAAAAAGCUAUGGCUUUUUAAAACAUUGUCUAACAAUGUCAUACUUAUAUAUUCAAAAACAUCACCAAGACAACACAUAAUACUGUAACAACAUGGCGGCAGUUAUAUACAGCUCGGUAUACAGGAAUUGAAAUAUGGAAAUAUACAGAGAAGGAGUAUUUAUUUUACUUUUCUUGGUAAAACUGUCAUUUACCGAAGUUAAAUUAAAGUUUCCUACAAAAUUUGAACUUGGUAAACCAUUUAAGCUAGAUUGCGAAACUUCGUAUGUUGUUCAAGCAACCAAAAGCAGACAGUGGCGAGGUGGAGCCGAUAACAAACUAUUGUGCUACGAUGGAACUACUGUUAAUCCAAACAAAUACAAAGAAAAAAUAAUAAAUCAAACAAACUAUGAAUUGAUUGUAGAAAACACUUGUGAAAGUGAUUUACGGUGUCCAUAUGCUUGUCGGGUGGGAUUUGACAUAGAUCAACAGUUUUUAGAAGUAGAUGAAACAAAUUUCGUGCAUUUGCCUGAGUUUUCCAAUGUCGACUAUCAAAUGCAGAAUGGAAAAUAUAGACUGACAUUUAUUCUUAAUAAAGUAUUUCCGAAACCAGUUUGCGAGCUCAAAAUCAACGGAGCAAAAAGAGUUAUACCUGUGUUGGCUGAAAAUAAGUCACACGUGUUAUUUAAUGUGACCUACAGUUUGGAAUCAAGUGAUGCAAUUUCGCCAUGUGGCGAGAAAUUAGAAAUUGAAUGUCAAGUAGGAAAGACGAAGCAUUUGAUUCCCUCGGAAAACAUCAAUCUCUGCAACCCGUCACAAACUACACACGACAGUAAAACGACUAUUAUAAUCCCUGUUGUAUGUGUAUGUGUAGCUUGCAUAAUAGUUGGCUUAGGAGUAGCAUUGGUACUCUGGAAAAGACGAAAUGGAAACAACAAACAUAACAAUAGAAAUAACGAGCUUGAAGUAGAAGAGGAAGCUUCGUUUAUGAAAGAUGGAGGAAAGAAGAUGAGCCAAGCCAUCAUCGACGAAUAUGUGAAUGAAGUCAUGCCCUUUUCAGGUACAGCGGAUGACUGGAGGAUUUAAGCAAUAUAUACUAGUCAACAAAAGAAACGAUACACGACUUUGAAAUAAAAUUUAUCAAAAAGUGUUACAUAUAAAACAAAAUGAUAUACACUAUUUUAAAAAGCUUUCAUUUGCAAUGUAUGCACAUGUGAUAAUGAAAAUCAAACUUUUCGGAAAGUAUCUAAAUUCCGUGUAAACGAUCAUAGGGUGUAAAUUAGUUUUGCGGAAAGUUGAAUAAAAAGUCGACACAUAAUUUUCUAAGUACUAAAUAAAAUUUCAAAUUUGUUUUAAAAUAUUCAAUAUGCUAAUCAAGUUAUGUUCAUGUUGUAACUAAUGGGUUGAAAUAUUGUUUUUUUUUAAAUUUUUGGGAAAAAAAGUGUCUUUUGAAAUCUCAAAAAUUGCAAAAAAAUUUUUUUUUUAUUUUCGUCUCAAAUCAAUGCUUUAGAUAUGAAAACAAUACACAGUAAAUUUCGAACCUUUCGGAAUAGUUUAAAGAUUGUUACCACUUUUUGAAUAUCACUUUACACAUACUGUCAAUGGUAAAUCAGGUGAUAAUGUAUACAUUUUAACGAUUUCUCGUGGGGACGAACUUUGCUUAACUAAUAAACGAAGAAACUGUAUGAUUUAAUAAAAAAAAUUGAUGGCAAACACUGUCUUUACCUUUAAAUGAGAGGUUGGCAUCAUUAGUUGGAACUUCUGUUUUUAAAAUUGUCGUUUUAUGUAAAUUUUGUAAAAAAAAAAAAAAUCGCGAAAAAACGUCAC